CUCUCUCUCUCUCUCUCUGGCUUCUCGUCCAGUUGCAGUCCAGAGUCUGCAUUCUGAUCCAUGAAAGUGAGGUAGCCAUGCGGCCUGGCUAGCGGUCGCGGGGUGUGCCUCUCUCGCGCCGCAAGACAAAUCCCUGCCCUGGCGCAUGCACCCUUCUUUUCUUCAUCGUCAUCCGGCAGGUCUACAUCGAGAUACCUCGGAUGCCCAUGUUGGAUGCCUCCAGACAACUGGUAUAGCUACCUACGAAGUCAUAGACAUCUCAACCUUCGAACUCGGAUAGCUACUGGUAGAAGACUGAAGGGGAACCCUUGAGAUAUCCCUUCAACGUAGUGUAGGUCCAGCAUGGACCGCGUGUGGUUGACAUCCUCCCUUUUCUUCUCCCUCUGGAUUCUUUUCCCAAACGACCCAAGGUCCUGGCGCAACUCUCGGCUUCUCCGUCACCCUUCCUUCCUGUCCAACAACGGCUCCAUCCUGAAGAAACUCGAUAAAGAGAAAUCCCCGAGUUGCGCCCAAGGAGGCAGCGGCCGGAUUCCUGUCUUGUGCCCCUUGCACCCUUGCUGCCGCCUUGCGGGUCCCCAAGAACCCCGGUCUCGCGGGAAGCGUUACAACUUCCAAAAUCCCUCCCAUCUGGCCGAAGCGAUCAAGGCAAGGGUACCAAGUCACACCGCACCUCGUCGCAUGUUCUCGGUGCGAUGCGGGUAUGUCGGCGCAGGUACCUGAAAGUUGUCCCCUCACCGCGGGGCCAACUCUUGGGCGACAAGAGGGCGCGUUUGUCUUGUCUCUGAUGUGCGGAUGGUAGUGGCCGAGAGAGAGGUGUACGGAGUACCUAGAGAUGGUGAGAGAGAGAGGUGUGGGACGUGGUCCAAAAAAGGUGGGAUGAACAGACCCUGGACCGUCCAAAAAGAGACAAAGUGCUGGUUCGGGCCUGUCAUUGGCUCAGGGACGGAUGCGCGUAUGGCAGGC